UCGAUUCGACCUUUCGCUUGUUGCCCUCUAUUAUUGGCCCGUCCUACGUCACGCUGACAUUCAAAACAUAACCAAAAUUGCUGAACAAAGUGUAAACAGAAACACAAUGUAAACAUCUGGCUUCUUGUAGCUGUUAACAUCUUGAAAAGUGCAUUUCCAAAUCCACAAUGAGUGCGUGUCCGAAGCAGCCCUUCAAAGUGAUAGAAAUCCCCCUGAACAAAUUCAAUGAGGAGGCUGUGCCCCAUCACCAGUAUCUCUUCGAGGAGCACCAAAAAACAAUCCAGAAGCUUAUAUCUGGUAACAAAACAGAGCAGCUGGUCAAGGAGAUUCGGGAUAAAAAGAAAAUUGUUAGGCAGCUGAAAGAUCUUCAGUAUGAGUUGGACACUUUGAGGGCCCAAGUGCAGAACAUUGACUUGGGUAAGUUUGAUGAGAAAACUGUGCAAUCUCUGAAACUGAUUGCACGUUUCUUGAAAGAGUACUCUGCACUGGAGAAGCAAGUGACGCAUUUGAUAGAGGCCCAGAAUGAGGUCAACGAGAACAUUGAGAAUGAGAACCCAUUUCAGGCAGCUGGGCAGUUGCAGAUUCACGCGAACAUUGAGGAUCUGAGGUUGCAGGACAAGAUUGAUACUAUGGUGAAGGUGGAAGCUUUAGAGGUGGAUGUGCAGGAUCUGCAAGGGAUGUACGUAAAUCUGAAUCAGAUGGUUGGGGAGCAGGCGGAGACUGUUGACGUGAUUGAAAGUAACGUUGAGGGAACUCAGGAGAGCGUAAAUCAAGGCUUGAAGAGCCUCAUGAAAGCUUCAAAAUUAAAGACUGCAGCUUAUCCGAUGACGGGGGCUUUGUUAGGGACGUUGCUUGGGGGACCGCUGGGCUUGGUAGCAGGAUUCAAGGUUGGUGGAAUUGCAGCUGUUGGAUGUGGGGUUGCCGGAUAUGCGGGUGGAAAAUUCUUCAAGAAAUGCAAUGAUACCGAGGAUACUACGACCCCAGUAGAAAUACCGGAAACCAAUAAACCGGAGGAACCUGGAGUGAAAUUAGAAGAGGAACAUCGUGUAGAUAAAAAGGACAAAUGAGGACAAA